AUGUCAAGGGUGCCGAGUCCUCCUCCUCCGGCAGAAAUGUCGAGUGGACCUGUAGCAGAGAGCUGGUGCUACACCCAGAUCAAAGUGGUGAAGUUUUCCUACAUGUGGACCAUAAACAACUUUAGCUUCUGCCGAGAAGAAAUGGGUGAGGUCAUCAAAAGCUCAACCUUUUCAUCUGGAGCCAACGAUAAACUCAAAUGGUGUUUACGUGUGAACCCUAAAGGCUUGGAUGAAGAAAGUAAAGAUUAUCUGUCCCUCUAUCUGCUGCUGGUGAGCUGUCCAAAAAGCGAAGUUCGAGCAAAGUUCAAAUUCUCCAUCUUGAAUGCUAAAGGAGAAGAAACAAAAGCGAUGGAGAGCCAGCGAGCGUAUCGAUUUGUACAAGGCAAAGACUGGGGAUUCAAAAAAUUUAUUAGAAGAGACUUUCUUCUGGAUGAGGCCAAUGGACUUCUUCCAGAUGACAAACUCACUCUCUUCUGUGAGGUGAGUGUGGUGCAGGACUCUGUCAAUAUCUCCGGCCAGAACACAAUGAACAUGGUGAAAGUACCAGAGUGCCGCUUGGCAGAUGAGUUGGGAGGACUCUGGGAGAACUCGCGCUUCACGGACUGCUGUCUGUGCGUCGCAAGCCAGGAGUUCCAGGCUCACAAAGCCAUACUAGCAGCACGUUCUCCAGUCUUCAGCGCCAUGUUUGAGCAUGAGAUGGAAGAGAGUAAAAAGAAUCGGGUUGAAAUCAAUGAUGUGGAGCCUGAAGUUUUUAAGGAAAUGAUGUGCUUUAUUUACACGGGGAAGGCACCAAAUCUUGACAAAAUGGCUGAUGACUUGCUGGCAGCCGCUGACAAGUACGCUCUGGAACGUCUGAAGGUGAUGUGUGAGGAUGCACUGUGCAGUAACCUGUCUGUGGAAAAUGCAGCUGAUAUCCUCAUUCUGGCUGACCUCCAUAGCGCUGAUCAACUCAAAACUCAAGCGGUGGACUUCAUUAACUAUCAUGCUUCUGACGUCAUGGAGACAUCAGGCUGGAAGUCCAUGGUAGUGUCGCAUCCCCAUUUGGUGGCGGAGGCAUAUCGCUCUUUGGCCUCUGCACAGUGUCCCUUUCUGGGACCCCCACGGAAGCGACUGAAGCAAUCCUAAAGUCCUGUUUGUCACACCACCCCAUGUUUUUCUGGAAGCAGCAUUGGCUAUUGCUGCUGUAGCCUUGACCAGGUAGACAGCGAAAUCUGUGGAGCUUUUACUCUGUUGUUGGGGGGAAGAGACUGCUUCGUGACACCCAGACUUUUUAAAACAGCACCAAGUAACUUGGGGAGAGGGGGGAGGGUGGGCCUGGGGCUCUGGGGCUGUUAAACCUAAUGAAUCCCUGUUGCUGAAUCGUCUGUGUGUUCCCUUCGACUUGGCUGAGUCAAUUAAGUACAGGGUUCGGUUUUAGGCGCCGACCCACGUCGGAAUAACCC